AUGGGUCGAAAACCAAACCCCGUGGUGGGGGAAUAUUUCACCCGGGGCCCCAAACUUCCUGAUUCCAGCAACCGAUACCCUCACACCUGCAAGUUGUGUGGUGAAAACUUCCCAAAGGGUCGAGGCGAGGUCCUACACAAGCACAUUACGGAAAAGUGCCCAGCCAUCACACCUGAAGAACGCAUCAACGCCGCACUCGGUUUCGCCGGACUUCACUCCGGCUCAUCAGCCCCGCGAUCAAUGAAUCUCCCACUCAACCAGCUUGACGUCGCCGUCGCCGAGGUCGCCCCCGAAGCACCUGAGAACUGGUCUGCCCUCCGAACUCUCGCAGAAGCAUCGCGACAAGUUGGAGAGAAUGAGAUGGGGGCGCCUUCAGCACUUGGUCGCGACCGAUCCGAGUCCGCGGUUCGACAACUCGGAAUCGGCUUUGAAGUCCAAGAGCAAUUCACCCUCGAGAACCCGCCCUGCAGUUACGAAAAUCGACCUGGUCGUGAGCGGAAGGGUGUGUCAUUUUUUCUUUACUUUCAUUCUCUUUGUUCACAAGGAAGGAGCGUUGCUUCAUCUCACCUCAUUAUUCCGACUCAAACUCAGAUCGCGAACUCAGAUGAGCUGACUUUCACAGAAUCCACCUCAAAUGACAGCACCAACCCUCUCAGCUUCCUCACUACUGAAGAAAAGAUGGAACACUUGCAGGCUGCCACUCAGCAUCCAAACGACCCGCCUUUGGAUUCAUCAGAUCUCACCGUCGCUGCCGCGGCCACUGCCCGUCUUACUCAUUCCCUCAUGGAUCCUGAAUUGCCUACUGCCGAGCACGGCGAACCGCUUCAGGUCGCCAGCCCUGUGAUGGGAUCAAAUGAGGCACUCAAGCCAGACGCCGCUGUCCCUAUCGAAUCCCUCCCGGUACAAGCUAUGCCUCAGCCACUCCAGCAGCCUCAGCAACCAGAGCAACAACCUCAACAACCCUGGGGCGAGAUGACUUACAUGACUACGAACCACAUCCCCACAGUAGCAACUCACGUGGCCCCAACGUUGCCUCCUCCCAACAGAGGCGGCACUCGUAUGCCAAUCGGCAACGGAACGCAGAGCGAGCACAAGCGCAAGGCCUACAACCCGCUCCGGCGCAAGGAGGUCCAGGCCGCUCGUAAGAAGGGCGCUUGCAUAAGAUGCCGUAUUCUCCGCAAGACCUGUGGCACCAAUGAUCCCUGCGACCAAUGCCGAAAGAUCCAAGGCCCGCGUCACUGGACCUACCCCUGCGUUCGCACUCGUCUGAACCAAGAGCUUACCCUCUACUCAGCCGCCUUGAUAGUAGUCCUGGCGCAGACUAGGGUCAAGCACGCCAGACAGAAAUACCAGUUGCUCUCCAACGGCACCUCUCUCGUCGUCUCUUUGUGGGAGGAUAGCCCGAGCCUGACGCUCGCCGCUCUGCUUACCCCCCGCCCGCAGCCUCCUGUAGCCGAGGGCGAGACGGAAGAGCAGACGGCGAGCCCAGACACAAAGACGGACUUUCGAGUCGUCAUGAUUGACCAAGACAAGGAGGACCUCCCCGCCCGUAUGGAGGAGUUCUUGAAGUUGAUUCUGCCGACGCUUAUCGAGCGCGAGCCCUCCCACUUCAUGCAAGUCGUCUUGGCGGCAGCGCAAAAGUUUCCCGACAACAAGGCGACGGGCAAGAACUUGAAGCUCGCCAUUGAGCUCUGGGGUCUCAUUGAAAUUCUCGACCGAGAGCGAGGCUGGUGCAUAUCUGAAGAGCGCCAGGGCGUCGUCGUACCCAUUGGCCCCGAAGAAUUUGCCGGCACCGACGACCAGGACAUUUACAACCUCAUCACCUUCCAGCUAUCCGCCGCCACGGAGCGCAAGGCCAACAACGUCUCGAACAAGCUCAUCAGUGAGCUUCAGCGCUGCCUGGAAAACGGCAAGGCCAAGAUCAAUUUUGACGUGUACCUUUCCAUCCUCAUCCUCCUCCACUGCCUGGAAAAAACCACCUGGACCUUCAAGGUGUGGGAGAUGGACGACUUCCGCCAGCGCUGGCCCCUCGACCGCCCUCCCACCAUGUACGUCAACCAGGGCCGGGACAUUGCCGACCUCUUGAAGAUGCUUCUCACGCUUCGAAAGUCUCAUCCCAAGACGUUCCGGACACUUGAUGGCCGGCUCAGCGUCGUCGACCUCGGCGAAUCGGACUUUGACAUCAUGGCCGAGUUCUUCCAGGCCCUGAACCUCGAGUACGACGAUGUUGUCCGCAAGCUCGAAACCUGCGCCUUCAGCCCAGAGACCUCACGCUCCCUCGAACUGCACUUUUGCAGCCAUGUCCUGCUUCCCCCUAAGGAAGGCGACCAUGGACACCACCACGCCGUCACGGCCUCCAGCUCCGGCCACAGCACACCUCCACCCCCUCACCCUCACGCUCCGCCACACCCUUCCACCGUCCCCGUGGCCUCAGCCUCCCCAGUUCCCGUCCCCGACACCCCCAUGACGGGAGCCUCUCCCACCGCCCCUACCCCCACAGAGUCGCUGCCGACUGAUCUGCCCUAG